AUGUUCACUUUGAUUUUAUUCUACUUGCUUCUGCAUAUUCCACUUCUCGUGGCCAGUUUCAUUCCUUCCAGCUGCUUUUGGAGAGUGAAGCAGAAUGAAGAAAAGGAUGGAGAUUUAAUGACAGUUUGUUCCUUUUACCUCAGGGCAGUACAUUCGUCUGUGGAGAAAGAGUAUUUCAGCAACAUCCUGAAUACACUAACACCAGGUGAAAACCAACGGUUUGCUCUAGCCUUGAGUUUUUCAACGGAUGAGGUCAACAGAAACCCUGAUCUUUUACCAAAUAAGUCUUUAGUAUUUAAUUUACCAGUUUGUACGGAUAUGCCACAAUUAUACAGUCUCAUUCCUUUUUCUGAACGAAAUAAUGAUAUUCUUCCUAAUUAUUCCUGUAACAAAGAAAUGAAAUGUAGAAUAUUGCUUACAGGACCGAAUUGGGCAGCAUCUGUGCUGUAUCAGACACUCAUAUGCCACUACACAGCUCAGCAGGUUCUUCAGCUUACUUAUGGGUCUUUCCAUCCUAUCCUGAAUGAUGCUGUACAAUUUCCCUUUCUGCAUCAAAUGGCCCAUGAGGAUUCAUCUCUUGUUCUGGCCAUGGUCUCCUUCUUACUUUACUUCAACUGGAACUGGGUUGGGCUGGCCAUCUCAGACAAUGAUCAAAGUAUCCAAUUCCUCUCAUAUUUGAGAACAGAGAUGGAAAAAAGUACAGUCUGCUUGGCCUUUGUGAACUUGAUCCCAGGCAACACACAGCUAUACAUGUCAAGAGCUGAAGUGUACUACAACCAAAUCAUGACAUCAUCUGCAAAUGUGGUUAUCAUUUAUGGUGACACAGACGGUACUCUAGCUGUGAGCUUCAGAAUGUGGGAAUCUCGAGGUAUACAGAGAAUAUGGGUCACCACCUCACAAUGGGAUGUCACUACAGGUAAGAGAGACUUCACACUUGACUCAUUCCAUGGGAAUCUUGCUUUUGCACACCACCAUGGGAAGAUUUCUGGUUUUAAAAAUUUUGUCCAGACAUUGAACCCUCUCAAAUACUCAGACAAAUAUCUGGCAAGGCUGGAGUGGAUGCACUUUAACUGUGAAGACUCAGCAGCUAACUGUAAGACACUGAAGAACUGCUCAUCCAAUGCCUCAUUGGAAUGGCUAAUGGAACAGACAUUUGACAUGGCCUUUAGUGAUAGCAGUUAUGACAUAUACAAUGCUGUGUAUGCCAUGGCCCAUGUCUUUCAUGAGAUGUUUCUUCAACAGGUAGAAAAUCAGCCAACUGACAAGGGGAAAGGACGUGAUUUUAGCUGCUUGAAGAUGCACUCCAUUCUGAGAAAGACCCACUUCACUAGUCCUAUUGGAGAUAAAGUGAAUAUGAACCAGAAGGAAAAACUACAGGAAGAGUGUGACAUCUUCCACAUUAGAAAUUUCCCACAUGGCCUUGGACUUAAGGUGAAGAUAGGAAAGUUUAGCCCAUAUUUCCCACAUGGUCAACAGCUGCAUUUAUCUGAAGACAUGAUAGAGUGGGCCACAGGAAGUAGACAGAUGCCGCCCUCUGUAUGCAGUGCUGAUUGCAGUCCUGGGUUCAGAAAAUUCUGGAAGGAGGGAAUGGCAGCCUGCUGUUUUGAUUGCAUCCCCUGCCCAGAAAAUGAAAUUUCUAAUGAGACAAAUAUGGAUCAGUGUGUGAAGUGUCCAGAAGACCAGUAUGCCAACACAGAGCAGACCCACUGCAUGCACAAAGCUGUGAUCUUUCUGAGCUAUAAAGACCCCUUGGGGGUGGCUCUGGCCUUAGUGACCUUGUGCUGCUCUGCAUUCACAGCUCUGGUUCUUGCAGUAUUUUUGAAACACAAUGACACUGCCAUCGUGAAGGCCAAUAACCGCACCCUGAGCUACAUCUUACUCAUGUCACUCAUGCUCUGUUUCCUCUGUUCCUUGCUCUUCAUUGGUCAUCCAAACUCAGUCACCUGUAUCCUGCAGCAAAUCACUUUUGGAGUUGUAUUCACUGUGGCUGUUUCCACUGUGUUAGCUAAAACAAUCACUGUGGUUCUGGCUUUCAAAGUCACAGCUCAUGGAAGAAGGAUGAGGUACUUUCUGGUUUCAGGGGCUCUUAACUGUAUCAUCCUCCUCUGUACCCUCAUCCAAAUUAUUCUCUGUUCAAUCUGGCUGGGAGUUUCUCCUCCCUAUGUUGAUAUUGAUGCACACUCUGAGCAUGGCCACAUCCUCAUUGUCUGCCACAAGGGUUCAGUUGUUGCAUUUUAUUGUGUCCUGGGAUACUUGGGCUGCCUGGCCCUGGGAAGCUUCACUGUGGCUUUCAUGGCCAGGAACCUGCCUGACACAUUCAAUGAAGCCAAGUACUUGACAUUCAGCAUGCUGUUGUUCUGCAGUGUCUGGAUCACUUUCCUCCCUGUUUACCAUAGCACCAAGGGCAAGAUCAUGGUAGCUGUGGAGAUUUUUUCUAUCUUGGCUUCCAGUGCAGGGAUGCUGGGAUGCAUCUUUGUUCCCAAGUUGUACAUAAUUUUGUUAAGACCAGACAGAAAUUCUAUUCAAAAGAUCAGGGAGAAAUCAUACUCCUAA